CUCCUCCGAUGCCCUCGACGGCGCAGUUCAAGAGCCAUGUCUACUCGAAGUACCGCGAGCUGCUGGGCUCGUACAACGGCAAGGCGAACGAAAUGCUGCAAGCCUACCCGGCGUACCGUGUGCAGGAGGAUAAAGGAUUCGCACUCGGUGGUGGCGUAGACUACGGUGGCCCGCCGCAGUCCACAAUUGGAAGCUCGGCCCGGCGGAUACAGGCACAGUUGCCAGCAGAACCACCAGCCUGCGUCCAGAAUGCCAUGAUGCGGCGGGAUAAACAGCCCUUCACCUACACACCGGGCGGGAUCGAUCUGUCACAAAUCAAGUCACCUCGCAUGGCCAAGCGGAUAUCGCGAAACGCCAACUCGGAAGGUGUGACGGGUCAGCCCAAGGUGUCACCAUUGGCUCAGAACAAUGGUAACGGUGCCAGCAAUGGCAGCCACAAUCCAGUAUCGCCAGCGGCCACUCUGGGAGCCGCUGCCAUGGGUAUGCCCUUCCAGGUGUUCCCCACAGGACCGCCGGCACCUCCGCCACCGCCACCACCAACGCAGGGCCGCGUAGUGCAGCCGAACGGUAACCGAUCGAUGCCCCCGCCUCCUCCACCGCCCGGACCGAUCGAGUCCCGGAAGUCACCGAAGCCACAAGUAUUCGAACCGCCACCGAUGGGCAUGCGGCCAGAAAUCAAGAUUCCCGUCAAUCCGUUGGCGAACCUGCGGAAGGCUCCGAGACCGCAGCCCAAGAACGACUACUGGAUCGAGGAGUACCGGCGGGAGAAACAGCAGGAGGGUGGCAACGGUGGCGGAGGUGGCGGAGGAGGAGGUAGUAGCAUUCCCCGACCUGUCCCACCCAGUUACAGCUACCCCGUUCGAGAUCUGGACGAUGAAGUUGCUAAAAACACUGUCCACAAUCGCACAGACGAGCUGACCGUACGAGGUGAACCAUUGGCACAGAAACGAUCACCAAGUCCAUCCAAUCUAACUAAACCGCAUGAGAACGGUUCGCGCGGCUCGUCGAUCAAGACGCCGCCGGUCUACGGCCAGAGUCCGGUGCCGGCCAAUCUUCCGCCCCCGAUCACCCCGACCAAAGUGUCCCCGGCGCGCCCCGCAACCGCCCCGUCACCCGGCGCCAAAGACUUAUCGUCCCCCCCACCACCACCGCCCGUGCUUCCCAAGCCCUCCGUUUCACCCGUGCCCAAGAGUCAGCCCACUAACAACAGUCACACGAUCACGAUCACUACACAACCCGUCAAUGGGGGCCGACCGGAACCGACAGCAGUCGUCGUCAGGACCGGCGCCGACCUUGCAGCUCCUUCACCACCACCACCCCCACAAGUACCAACACAGAAACCAUCCACAGUGGCAGCAUCGUCAGCAUCAUCCCCUACCUCCGCCACACAGAAACCCGCCCAGGCGCUGGGGUCCCUCUAUAUCCCGCCCGUACACGAGGUGUUCGCCAAUAGUAAGCAAAGUCUCCUUACCCAAGCGAGUCCACCAUGGAUGUCGUCACGGCACAAUAGCCUGAAGGAGCAGCCCGAAUGGGUGCACCGGGACGAUCCGGGAGCGGGCGACGAAGCCGGGCGUGAACGGUGGCGCUCACAGUCGCCGCCUAGCACACCACCAGAGUCAGAGCAGACAGAGCCACAGUCACAGCAACAGCAGCAGCAGACACAGACCGUCCAGACAGCACAGACGACCCGUGAAAGUGGUACUAAAUCCGUUGAUUCUAUCGCCACAGCAUCGUCACCGGUCGGCACCGGUGCACGACCGUCUCCAGCGUCCUACCAGCUCACACAGCAAACAGCUCCGGCAGCCCCGGCACCGGGAUCGGCCAACGCGGCUCGACCAUCGGUCGAUGUGUCCACACCGCAGCCUUACGCCCAGCAGCAGUUACGUGGCCAGGGACAACAGCAGCAGCAACCGAAUAGGGUAGGGCCGGCGGUUGGGGUGUCUCCGGUCACGGUUACGAUGCCGGUGGCCCGUCCCUAUCAGCAGCCACACGGACCGCCACAGGGACCACAGGGCUACUCGCAGGCGCAACCCGUCUACUCACCGCAACCACCGACCACAGCAGGACCGCAAAAGGAACGUAUCAUACCGAUACAGAUCGAAAAGUCUCCUGUACAGUCGCCGGCGACGGCUCCCAGCUUUGCGCCACCCCCUUACUACAGCCCCAGCGCAACCUACGGUCCCGGCAGCGCCAACGGCAGCAGCAUGCAGUCCCCGGUGCCGCUAGGAUUCGCGACCCCGCACAGUGGAUUUACGACCCCGACCGCCAUGUUUACCAACCCGAACCAUUUCGUCAACCAAGGCUACAACAACAUCAGCUACCCGCCGACACCGACCGGACAGCCGAUCCAACCGAUCUACCAAGCCGCCCAUCCGCACUAUCCUCCGCCGCUGCCGCCGACACAACAUUAUCCGAUGCACGCGCAACAGCAGCGUAUGCAGCAACAGCAACAGCAACAGCAGCAGCAACAGCAACAGUGUGUGUCGAACGUGCGCAUAGUGCCGAUCAAGGUGGAGGCCACCGCCGCCGAGCAUACGGCCCGCGGCCCGCUGGCCAACACGCCGGCCAUCAUUCAGAGUGGUGAUCGUAGCUACAUCAUCCACGACAUCCCGCUAGAAGCUAAGAUUCGGUUUCUUAAAAAUAGACUCAGUGAUCCACGCAGUAGCAACAAUGCUCAGGCUUGGAACGGUAACAACGCCCCGAACCAGUCGCGCUCGUUCCGAGUGCUGCAGCAAAUUACCGACACCCUGGAUGAGUCCGGGGAGUCCGCGAAGAACGGAAGCAAGGAGCCGAGCUCCCAGCCACAGCCAGCGGCCGGCGAUCAGACCGAUGCGAAGCCGGCGUAUGGUGGUCGGGCCGACGCCAGGACCCCAACCGGCGGCCAGCAGCAGCAGGAUCUGGGCGACGGGCAGCUGCGCCGAUUGCAGCUCAGCAACGAAGAUAAGGCGCUGAUGAACAGAGUAAAAAAUCAAGUCGACGGAGAAGUUUAUCUCCAUAACGAAGAAGAUCCUCGCUACCGUGGUGCCGCCAUACCGUCCAAAGCGUUCCGGUAUCUGCAGAACAUGACCGACAUGAGCGGUCAGGCUGCGAACCAAAGCACUACUGGCUCUGGAAAUCGUGCCCAACAAAUGUUCAUACCGAGCCGGCCAAGCUGCAACGAAUCAGACGGUGAAAAUCAACAGUCGCAACCGUACGUCCCACCGAGCGAGCAAACGGUGGAGGAACCAAAGAAGUACACCGGUGGCUCCAUCCCGAGCCGAUCGUUCAAGAUGCUGCAGGCGAUGACCGACGCGCCAGCCGAUCCAAAUUCCUCAGACACUGAGGGCGGCCAUGCUAGUGUCAAGCUGCAGCGUCACUGCAGCGGCACAGAGAUUCGGUACUCGCCCUACCCCUAUCCGCCGCAACCCACUUACUACUGUUGCACCCCCAAUUGGCACCACUACUACGAUCCCACUAACCCCCAGUAUUAUCCCCCGCACCAUCCCCACCACCCACCGCCACCGCCCCAUGCCGUCCCGGGCUAUUACUAUGGCCAUCCGCCUCCGCCGCCGCCGCUGCCACCGCCACCACUUCCACCGGGUCUGUACGAUCGCGGUGGCGGCGGCGGCGGCGGCGGUUACUACGGCGGCUACAUGUCUCCGCACCAUUUCUACUACGCACAAGAACCGUGCUCCCCGUGUACGCCGCCUCCGUACUACCAGAUCAGCCAGCAGCAGCCCCAGACGGCCUACUGCGAGGCGAUCCCUCACGAGGCGAUCCACACGUACGUCAUCACGACGCCACCGCCGCGUAUAGUCGUAACGCCGACACCGGCGACAACGGAUGACGGAUGCUGUUCCGAUAGCGAGUUGCUGCAGCGCAAAGAGCAGCUGGGCGAGCUGCACUCGGUGCCCGGCGAAGUGUUUACCGACGGCGGCCAUCACCCGCUCGUUCGGUCGCGAUCCAGCAUGCAGCGAUUGUCCGAGCGCCUCGCCGACCUGUCACCCGUCGCCGGUCAGACGGUCCGCUGUUCGCCUUGCAGUCCGCUGAACGAGCGGUACCGAACCUACGAGGAGAGUACCUCGUCGUCGGUGCCUUCGUCUCAGUCUGAGGCUUCAGACUCGGAAGACGAAGGCACCCAGCGUCGCUCGAACGGGCACGCCGGAAGGGGCAAGGCAGCGACGGAAACGGAAGACGACGACAACGAGGACGAGGAGGACGAAGAGGAGGAAGACGUUGAGGAGAGUGAAGAAGAGGACACGGCACAGACGGCAGACGCCGCGGCCGCCGCCGCCGCCACCGAGGAGCACCUGCCACAUCAGCUCAGUGUGAUCUUUGAGGAGGAGAGCAUGUACGGCGGCCAGUCAACGGUGGCCAGCAGCCGGAGGGCCAGCGUGUGUAGUAACAGCUCCACGCUCAGCGAUUGCUCCUCCACGCUGGCCAACGAUCUGGACGACGACGGCGAAGAAGCCGCGCUGAGCGGAGGUAAUCGAACCGAUGACGACAUCGAUCGGAUGGACGACGCCGACAUGGAACGGUCACUCGUUUCGGUGCGCCUUCCGCUGAAGCUGUCGUUCAGCAAGUCACCCAACAACGAGGACAUUGCGACGCUCGUCGUCGGAGAGAGCGAAAUCACGGACUCGAAAGAAACGAUGACCAACCCGAAGCGCGCACCGCAACCGGAAGCUACCGACCGGGACGACAGUGGUGACGAAAGCGAUACGGAAGAAUCCGACAGCGAGUCCGACAGCGGGAGUGCGGACGAAACGGACACGGACGUGAAGAAGGACGGACGCACCAGCCCGACGGAUGCAGCCGAUAGUGCGGACGUUACGGUUACGAUCACGAUUCCUUCGCUGACCAGCAAGAGCAAGUCCGGAGGCGACCAGCGGGGGUCCGGUGCCGCUGGCCACGCGCUGACAGCCCAGCACGAUGAGCCCGGGAAUCCUCCGUUCAAAAUAGACUACGAAGAAGCUUCCGAAGUGUCGGUGUCGGUUUCGUUGCCCUUAAAGCCCAAACUUAGCUCCUGCGGUGGGAAGUCUGAUGAGCCGUUGGAAUCUGCGGAACCGGAAGUAACCAAAGACCAGGAACAGGACGAGGAGGAAGAGGUAGACUUCUGGAGUCAGAUCGGUGACGACGAGGACGACUACCAGCGUCCGGUACGGUCGUACUCGCGAGAAAUGUGGAGCAGCAGCCGAGAGUUAAGUGUCGAUCGGCAGAGUGCCGCCGAGGAUGAUGAAGAGGGCAGCACAACGGGCAUGACCGAGUUCUGGAGUGCGGAAAAUGUUCCCACAGAAGCGGUGGACCCGUGGAAGCACAGCGCACGGGAGACGGUGCCGAGUGACGUGGCUCCAAGGGAGCAGAGUGAGUUCCAGGAUUCGCUCGAGUACUGGCAGAAGGAAAACGAACGUUUGGUGAAAGAUUUGUACGAAAGCCGCAGCAAACAGUCGAGUGCCCUGGCAAUGGACGAGAAUAACAAUAGAUGGGCAGUGGAGAACACGAAACAAGAGUUACAGGAGCCUCAGGUAGCGAUUGUCAGCGAUUUAGGAAACCCAACCACUGAGCCCCACUGUGAGGAGGAGGAAGGUUCCGAGUCGGAAAGUGAAGAGGACAGUGAAGAGUACGAGACGUCCAACACGUCGAAGGAAGAGUUCGAACUGGAGCGGGAAGCGAACCAGCAGCAGAACGCAGUCUCAGACCCACAAGAGAAUGGAGUCGAAGAGAAGCUGUGCAAUGGUUUGACCGAGGCUGCCGGUGACAAACUAGAUAAAGAUAAGAAGCUGUCGGUGAAGGAGAGAAUAUCGCUGUUUGAAACGCAGGCCAUCCAGAGCAGUGCGCAGGAGGUACGCGCUACGCCAACGCCUGUCGCCGGGAACCGGUUGAGACCCCCGUCGCAACAGCGGCUGUCGUACGAUGAGUCCGAGGCGGAGGACGACUCCGGCGUCACGUCGGACAUCAGCAAGCACAUCUCGGAGGUCGAGACGGACUCCGAGUGUUUCCCGGAGAUGCGCAAGAUGACACGGUACCAGCGGGCGGCCACACAUUCCAGGUUAUUCAAGCUUUUGCAGGACGAAAGUAACAACGGUGAUAGUGAGGACGAGGAAGAGGCUAGAGGUAACGAAGCAGGAGCAGGAGAUGAAGGAGUCAAGUUGAAGGACCGUCCAGCGUCCUCUGGUGGGGCGAAAAGUGAGCGUACGCAUAAAGUACCGGCAGUAGCCGGCGAUCUGAAGCUGGAAUCACCCAACAUGGCCCCGGCCGCUACAGCGACCGAUGGGCGACGCGAUCGUCUGACGUUGCCGAUCAGCAAGCAGUCGUCGUCCGGCAACGACAGCCUGUCGUCAUCUACCUCAUCGACGUCUCCUGUAUCAGGAAGCUUACACAACGAGAAGCUUGCCGAAGAGCUAGUACAAAGUUUGUUGAUGAAGAAAAAGGGCCGGCUGUUCCGCAACCUGCCGCUGGAGAAGCUGCACGCCGCCGCCCUGAAGAUCCUGCAGGAGGACCUCGAGUCGAACGGUACGAUCAGCUCGACGGAGGACAACCUGGCCACGGUCGACUCCACGCCGGCGCUGACGCCGCAGGAGUUCAAGGCCGAGUACCCGCACUCGUACGCCGACUACUACGACACGUGGAACAGCGGUGACCUGGGGAACACCGGCGGAUACCCAGACAACGGCUCCGACGGCGGUGCCGGUAUGGUGAAGCUGUUCCGUACCGUACCCGAGCACCAGUUGCGCGAGCCCCGCAAGGAUCCGCGAAUGGUCAAUGGUGGCACCUGGUCGCCCCGCUGUCCGCGGGUGUUCAGCAACAAAAACGUCCCGCGACUGGCGGAAGUACGGGAAACGGAGAUACCCGAGUCGCCCCGAGGAUCACGGCCACCAUCGCGGGCAUCCAACAACCGGUCCCCGUGCAUCCUGCUCGCCGGCCCAGUCGAAGACUAUCCGCACCGCAACACUGCCAUCAGACAGUUCAAGUUACAGUAG